AUGGCGAGAAACAUGCUGACAAUAAUCACAAUGAAGUAUCAAGAAAUCCAAGAAUUAAUUUCCACUGCAGCCGCCAGAGCCUCGGAUCCUGGCACAGUGACGCCGGUUUCAGAAGCAAAAAGAAUUUCAGACGCCAACAUACUCGACAUUCUAGCUCAAAUUCGGCAAAAUGACAUCAAUGAAGGGGAGAAUGUCCAUCAACAUCAUCCCAUAAGUCCCCCUGCGACAGCGACCACAUCUAAUGAUGUUGGAGUUGCAUCAAGCGAAGCAACAAAUAAUGAUAACAGUGGAUCUCUUGUGGAAAGCCCUAUAGAAGAGGGAGAUAUUGGGGAACAAUUGUGGCAUACAGGACUCGAGUCCGAAGAUCUAUUCGGCUUGGGCUCCAUUGCAAAUCUGUUUGAUGGAUUUGGAGGAUCUGUCCCCGAUUUCGAGUUUCACUGA